GUUCGCGGAUUUUUAUGAUUACUCGUACACGGAAUCGGUGAUACUCUGUUCGAUCUCGAAUGAUACGAACAAGGAAUCGUUACGUCGCGUUCGGCAGGGCACUGGAGUCAAGUAUUGCUUGAAGAAUCUUCACAAUGGGCCCGGAAAGUGCACAAGCCAGCCCGAAACAAGAAAAUAAUGAAAGGUUCAUCAACGGCAAUUCCAUCGAUGAAUUUUUUGCGGACUCGGUUGUGAUGAUAACUGGGGCGACCGGUUUCGUGGGGAAAGCUCUUGUGGAGAAAUUGCUUCGAGCCUGUCCACGUUUGGCCAUGAUUUUCAUCCUAAUUCGUCCGAAACGUGACCAAACGAUCGAACAGCGAUUUAAAAACUACCUGCAGGAACCGGUAUUCGAUAAAAUUCGUCCGACAAAUCUUUUGAACAAAGUGCGUCCUAUCAAGGGCGACGUUGCCCAACAUGAUCUGGGUAUAUCACCAGAAGACAGAAAGCUGCUAAUAGAAAAGGUGAAUAUACUGUUUCAUAGUGCUGCCACGGUGAGAUUCGAUGAGCCAUUGAAAGUGGCCGUGAAUUUGAAUACAAAAGGCACCGAUCGUAUCAUACAACUCUGCAAAUCGAUGAAAAAUUUGGUUAGUCUCAUCCACGUUAGCACAGCGUACUGUAAUCCGGAUCGAAAAGAAAUCAAGGAAGUCAUCUAUCCCACACGGGUGAAACCUUGGACGAUGAUCGAUAUGUGCGAAAGCCUGGACAGUAGUAUACUCGAUGUUCUUGAGAACAAAAUUUUAGAGCAUCACCCGAACACGUACACCUUCACGAAAGGUUUGGGGGAACAAAUAAUACUGGAUAAUGCAAAGGAUUUGCCGAUGGCAAUCGUGCGACCGAGCAUUAUUGGAUCCGCGGAUAAGGAACCGACUCCUGGUUGGGUGGACGGUGUAUUCGGAAUAACAGCUAUGGUCUUGAAAGUCGGCACCGGUAACGUAACAUCGCUUCUGUGUAAUCCGAAGUUGAGGGUGGAUCUUAUACCUGUUGAUAUCGUUGUGGAUACUUUAAUAUGCGCCGCGUGGCACAGUUCAAUGCAACAAAGUAAUACGACUAAAGUUUACAACUGCACGACUGGAUCGAAUCAUCUCAGUUGGGGUACCUUGAACGAUGGCAUUGUAAAAUACUCCAUCGAAACACCAUCGAAUUAUAUAAUGUGGUAUCCAUGCAGUAUAUGCAGAACGAACAGAUUUAUUCACAAUGUUUCGACGAUCUCUCUGCGAGUGUUACCUGCCCUCGUGACCGACAUAUUUGUGAGGCUCACAGGUGGUACGCCAAAACUGAUGAAAAGAAUGGAGAGCGUUAAACGCAUUGCCAGAUCAACAGAAUUCUUCCGAGUAAACGAAUGGACGUUCCAUAACGAUAACGUGAUCGAUAUGGCGAAGAAACUGAAGUCAUUGAAAGAUGGCAAUAAUUUCACUGUGACCACGGAAGGUCUGAAUUGGGAGUCUUAUAUACGAAACUACGUCUUAGGAGUCAGAAAAUACGUUCUGAAGGAUACUCCCGAUUCACUAAAAGAGGCUCGCAGUAGGCUGCAUAUAUUCCAUUGGUUACAUCGACUCACCAAAGUAUUCAGCGUACUCGCUGUGCUAAUGAUAAUAAUGCGCAUUAGUCACUGACGUUUGCUGAAACAAUGAUGUUACUUCCGUAUAUGUUAAAGCUGAAUACCUAUCGAAGUAGGCAUCAUCGUCUAUUUUGUCUCGAUAACUCGAUCGCGUAAUUUCGUAUUAUUCCCAUCAGUACUGAUCAAAUGGAACAAAUACAUUACCAUAACUUGCCUGUCGAUGACUUAAAAAUUUAGUUAAACAUUUUUACGUACGCGCGAUUUACUUGUAAGACAUUAAGUAAUUUAGUAAGUAAUUUAGUUACGGGACCCUCCAAUUUUGAAAAAAUCCUCCUGCCUAAAAGAUCAGAAGAGUUUUUAUGUAGAAUAGAGAAACGAUAGAGAACUAUUUUCAGUGACUGAAUCAUUUUUUUAUCGAUGAAACACGUGUGUAAUUUUAUACUACGGUACUAAUUGUAAUGAAACCUCGUUGUAACACAAUGAAAACAAAAUUUGAGCACGAACCAAAAUGUAUUUAGGAAUCUUUCGAUAUCAGGGGGUCUGGCCGAAUAAGGUACUCGAAUGUGCCCUUCUGUCAGAUGAAGCAUCCUAUCUCCAUGGGGGUAGUAAAAGGGAAAAAACGAAAUUCCAAUUUUUGGCCAAUUCUUCCUAUUUAAUUUUGCACGAAGAUUCUGAAAAAGUUCUGAAACAUUGAGGUCCCUACUGAAACAUAGCCCAUAUUAUAGAAUUUUUUCAGAAUUUUUGAUCGCAAAAUAUGGUCGCACGAAUGCCAAUCUAUUUAAGAUUACCUAAUAAAUAUACUGAUAAAAAAAGGCAGGCAUAUUCGAAGCGGAAAAUACUUUUUCAAAGAAAUAUAUCGGCAUCGAAGAGUCAUCGAAAAUAAAAAUUCGUAUUUUUUUCGAUGUUUGUUCGGUUCUCGAUUUUUUCCGACCACAUUUUGAGAUAAAAAAAUCUGAAAAAAUUUUAUAAUGUACGCUAUAUGGACCUCAAUGUUUCAGAAUUUUUUCAGAAUCUUCGUGCAAAAUUAAAUAGGAGAAAUGGGCCAAAAAUCGGAAUUUCGUUUUUUCCCUCUUACUAUCUUCACGGAUGAAAUAAGGUGUUUCAUCUGGCAGAAGGACACGUUGGACUACCUUAUUCGGCCAGACCCUUUUGUAUACUGCGUAAUGCAUGUGAGUGGUGUGGGAAUACUUACAAAUUUUAGAAGGCGUAAAUAGGUGCUCGUAGAGCGCUAAAGCACUCUGCUCAUGGCGCGAUAUACAAGACAGUUAUCAAACACUUUAUUUUUACUUGAGGAAUGUUAGGAAAAAUCGUGUGAUCAAGUUGGUACUCGAUAUUUACCUCGGAAAUCGCGCGACUUCGGCUGAUUCCCCCUUCGCUGGAAUUUGGGUUCUCCCCCUGGGUCAUCCCUGGUCCUUCCCUGGUCGAACGGUGGUGGUGUCCGUCCCGUCCGGUGAUGUCUCCUUCUCCUGGUCCUGGUCGUGCAUACAUGAAAGAGUGGAUCCAGAGAAUCUGCGAAAAUACAACCCGUGUUAACGAGGCUAGGCAACCAUCGAGUUUAUGAUGCUCUUGCAUAGGCAUCGCGAGAGAUCUGCUAAUUUCUCAACUUCGAACGUGACUUUGAUCCUUGAGAAUUAGGAGAUCUCUCACGAUGCAGCACCUAUUCAAUGUAAUAAAUUAGACUCUUGUGAUUUUCUAACUGACUUAUUCUCUGGCCCCUUAUCUUUCCCUCGUUCGCUCGCCCAUGGCGAAUAUUGUAGACAAUGAAUUUCUGAACGCUGUAUAUACUUGUUUGGUUGGUUUGAAUCUUGCUCUGUUUCAGAAUUAUUAAAUAAGAAAGGCGUAAUCUCCACGCGGUUUUAUAGUCAAAGCCAUGCGAUAGCGUUACACUGUGUAAUCAUUAUUUUUUCAACAAGAAUCAAGGUUUUAAGGGAACAAAUGUUUAGACAGUCUUUUAAACGUAUCAUAAAGUGUUUACGCUUUAUAAUGUUCGAAAGUAAAAUAUAUAGAAAUACGAGGCCAAGUUUAAAAAAUACAACAUAUAUCUCAGUGAUUCACCGUCCAAUUAUUAACAAUACAAGAUUUCCUAACGAAAUAUAUUCGUUUUUAUAAAACGGGAAUAUUUUUUACAUACACUUCUACUUGCGAUCAAUGUUCUUGUCAUGCACGCUUUUGUAAUCACGAUUGGAUCAAUUCGUCGAAUGAAAAGGAGAUGAUCCUCAAUUGUAAACUUCUUAAAUAAU